ACACAAAGUCUGAAAAUGGCUUCCAAGAGGAAAGAAGAAGAUGAAGACAGGUUAGAUUUGAUGGACCUUGCAGAAUAUGCCAAGAGACAGAGAUGGUGGAAUAAAGUGUUUGGACAAAAUUCUGGACCAAUUGCAGAAAAAUACUCUGUAGCAACUCAGCUAGCAAUUGGAGGAGUUACUGGCUGGUGCGCUGGAUACCUCUUUAAGAAAGUUGGAAAACUCGCAGCAUCAGCAGUAGGAGGAGGAUUCUUUUUGCUUCAGAUUGCAAAUCACACAGGAUAUAUUAAGGUUGACUGGAAGAGAGUGGAACAAGAUGUAAAUAAAGCGAAGAAGCAGUUUAAAAUAAACACAGAAAAGCCUCCAGAGGAAGCAAAAACUAAAAUGCGUGAGGUAACUACAUUUGUGAAGAAGAACAUCGUACUGACUGGUGGGUUUGCUGGUGGCUUUUUGAUUGGACUUGCAUCAUAAGUUGUUUUUUUUUUUUGUUCUUUUUUU